AUGCAACAUGAUAACAAAAGACCCCAAAUCUCGCCGACUAUCCGAAGACACUCAUCCAACGUGAAAACGUAUGACGCUAUUCAAUUCCGGGAUAAAUUGAGAAGAGGUAUAUCCCUAGAAAACAUUGGUCCCCAUCGUGUCUGUUUCUAUCCACAACCAACACCAUCUCACCGCAAUCCACCAAACUCAAAUCGUCCGGUUAUAUUCUCAAAGAAUCUCAUCGGAUCAGCAUCGAAAAACAUCAGCCGAAAAGUUUCCAGUUAUUCGAAAAUGUCAAGUUUGGCGAGAGUUGCUUGGCUCCGACCGUACGCAGGUGAUCCGAUGCAUGCUGCUACGUUGCCAAGGAAUUAUGGACUCCACGACACAUCGGCCACGUGGAACGACCGUAUCCUCUACAACAAUAUGGGAGCAUCUACAGUAGGACGAGGAGGUCAAAAUGGACACAUUGUUCACGGUGGAAGACACUUCGCGUCGCUGGAAAAGUCGAAAGCUCAACGAUACUCCCGCAGUGAGUAUCAUCUAAUGGACAAUAAUAACGAGUUCACGGAUUAUGACACGAUUCAGAGACAGGUAUGUAUCACCCCAACAUUUUUUUUAAUACAAUUGUGUCCCAUCGCAGACUUCUUAACGGUUUCUUACUAG